GAUGCGAAAAUGAAGCCACAGAAUCUCGGCCGACAAUCGCCGACGAGCCGCAAGCUAACCACCGGCUGUGAGAUCAUCGACGGUUGUCUUCGCGGCGGAUUUCCCUGCAAUUCUCUGACGGAAAUCGUGGCGGAGAGCGGCUGCGGAAAGACUCAACUCUGUCUUCAACUCUCGCUCUGUGCCCAACUUCCGAUUUCACACGGCGGACUCGACGGUUCUGCCCUUUAUCUCCAUUCCGAGUUUCCCUUUCCGUUUCGCCGUCUUCAUCAGCUCUCACGCUCGUUUCACCAAUCGAACCCUAGUAUUUACGCGAAUCACAAUGAUAAUCCUUGUGAUCAUGUGUUCGUACAAAACGUCAAUUCUGUAGACCACCUGUUCGACAUAAUGCCUAGGAUAGAUGCUUUUGUCGGGAAUACGAAAAAUAGGUUUCCUUUGAAGUUGAUUGUACUUGAUUCUGUGGCGGCGUUGUUCAGAUCGGAAUUUGAUAACACCCCGUCUGAUCUCAGGAAGAGAGCGUCGUUGUUUUUCAAGAUAUCGGGGAAGUUGAAGCAGUUGGCAAAUAAUUUUGAUUUGGCUGUGGUGAUUACGAAUCAGGUCACUGAUUUGGUGGAAUCUUCUGAUGGGUUAAGUGGUUUGAGGAUUGGGAAUUUGAGGUAUUUGUAUUCGUCUGGGAGACGAGUUGUUCCUGCUUUAGGAUUGGCUUGGGCCAAUUGUGUGAACUCGAGGUUUUUCAUCUCACGAAGUAAUGAAACCAUCUGCAAAGAAAAUGAUGAGAGCGGUCGGAGUUCUGUGUCUAUAAGAGCUCAGAGGCGUCUUGAGAUUGUUUUUUCACCUCAUUUGCCUGGUUCCUCUUGCGAGUUCAAGAUCACACCAGAGGGGAUUUGUGAGGUUUAGUGUAGGUGAUUCAUGGUGCUAUGCAGGAUAAUUUUUGAUUCGUGACCAUCACAAGUUCUCUUUUUGUGCAUUAUUUAUGUAUAUUCCAGAGGGAUAGGGAUCCUGGAGAUGGGUUACAGAAAGCCAGGCUUCUGAUGGUCUUGAUAAUGAUUUGCAAUGGAAAGCCGCAUUUUGCCCCUUCUAAGUGUACUGCAUGCUUCUCACUUUGUUCUCAGACUUUGUUUCCUUUGCAUAAUUGCAUUUCCCGUUUGGUAGCCAUCUUCAAAUAUAUCAUUUCUUGACUAAAUUGCUGAAGUGACUUUUAUGCGGUGGUAAUAUGAAUCGUUAUGGAUAUUGUUUUGUAUUUGCCUUCACUUGAUCCAUAUGAACUCAGAAAAAUCCAGUAUUUAAUAUAUCUAUCAGUCUAAAUUUUCUCGGUUCUAACUAACCAGAAAUUAAAUGAAAUCUAUCAGUCUAAAGAUAACAUACUUCGUUUCUUACUUGAAACAAGAGAAUCUUUUCCUAUCUUUUGACCCUUUGAUUCUUUUAAGUUUCAUGGAAUGGCAGAGAGAUGACUGAGGAGUCUAUGGGGACGAUGUUUCUGGGAAUCAGGAAUGGCAGUUCGAGAGCAUCAAAUCGAUAUCUAAUCGUAGACAAGAAUGAGAAUUCAGGCUAAGGCUGAGGCUAGAACAUGUGUUGAAUCAUCUCUGGGACACGACUGAUGAGAUAGUGAAGUUUGGAUUUUGAUGCUACAUACGUGUAUCAAUGUCGAUAGCCAUGUGGUCAUCACUUAGGAGAGAAUGCUGUUGCUAGAGCCUAGAGCAGAGAGCCGUUCUUCGGGAUCUGCUAUGCUGAGCAAAUACUUUUAAAAGCUUGAUUUAUUUUGUAGCUUUGUAUAUGAUACAUAAUGUUUUCGCCUGUUC